AUGCUAUGCUGCGUUGAUUCAAGGCCAAGGCCGCAGCACAUACGCCAGGCCGCGGUGCGCGCCUUAGGAUCUAGGUACACUGCCUGCAAUGACGCAAGCGAGAGUCUGCUGUGGUCUGCGACUGCGUUGGUAUCCGAGGCCAAGAUUCUCAGCAGAUGGUCGGAAGAGGUGGCGCAGUCGGAGCCCAUUCCAUGCUUGGUCUGCACCUCACAAUCUGUAUUUGAGAUGCUUUUUUUUCAACUUCAGAUGGAAAUGCGCAGCAUGACAUUUGUUGCACGUGGUCAUUCAUGCUUUCAUGUGCUGCUGCAGGCCAGUGCUGAGCGAUGGCAGGAGCUUCGUCACUUGACACCAAGCGAGCUUAUCAGUUUGCAGGCGAGUGCGAGUUGCUUUCAUGGUCCGUCGCCUUUCUCACGGGGUAAACAUUCGUACGACUCACAGGUGCCCCAGAAGCUUCUCCGGGACACAGCGUUUCGUGAUGCCAUGCCAAAGGAGCUGGCAGGAAUGCUUCUGCAGGCCAUUUGUCUUUGCACGUAUUUUGUGCUCGAGUUCUGGCUGCUUUUUCCGCAGGUCGUUGAAGAAGAAGAGAAGUUUUCAGUCCACGUGUAUCGUGAGCGGCAAGAUGUUAGUCUUCGCGUCUUAACAGAGCCUUUCUGGCUCUUCUGCCAGUCAGUCAGCCCUGCAUGA